AUGUAUAAGAGAAAACUCGAAAACGUCGAUAUUGGGAGCAUCGUAGUCUCUCAAUUACAAGAGAGGCAUAUAAAGAGGAUCACUGUCAAGGAAAGCCCCAAAAUUGGUGCUGAAGCACCUAUGCCAUUAUUACAACAGGCGGCCGUUGUCACGUCAUUUGAAGAUGAAAUAGUAGUCUCGGACCAGAUACUUGUCCCUCAAAGAUUGGAUGAUUACGAAAUUUUGGUUCGCAACAAGUACACAGGAUUGAAUCAUGUGGAUUGGAAAUCCAAAAAAUACCAUUUUAACAUUCAUUCUUUCCCGUGGGUCAAUGGUAGGGAGUCUAGUGGUAUUGUAGUCCGCAGGGGCGCAAAAGUUUAUAAAGAGAAAUUUCCAAUUGGAGCUAAGGUGUUUCUAGCAAGCACAUGUUACCGCGAGCUCAAACGGUCUACAUUCCAGGAGUUCACGCUCUUCGAUUCCAGACUUGUUUGGAGAUUGCCAUGCGAGAUGUGCUCGGAUGGUGUCUCUCGCAAGAAGUUCGGACUGGAUUUCGCAGCAGGUGUUGGUGUGGCCCUGGUGACAGCAGGCUCUGCACUCUCAUCCUUUGUUGAUUUUCAGAAUGUCGGAAAGGCAAAUGAAAUUCGAGAAAAAUCGUUGAUCAUUUGGGGAGGCUCGAGUUCCGUGGGCAUAUUCACAAUUCAGCUUGCCAGGAAUCUAGGAAUAUUCAAGAACAUCAUAGCCGUGUCCAGCUUGAAAUAUGAGCAUUAUCUGAAAGAGCUAGGAGCUACGGCCGUUGUGGAUAGAACGCUUGCUCCAGGUGAGCUAAUACAGACGGUCAAAGACAUAUGCCCUACGGGGAUCGAUUGUGGAGUCGACGUAAUUUCGAGAAAGACAGCAGAGCUUUUACUGGAGGUUCUGAAUGAUGGGAUGGAAACCAGAAAGGUUCUUGUAUGCCUCAGCGGCACUCCUGGUGAGAACGCGAGGGCCAAACAUCCCGACACUGAAGUGGAGCCCGUAGGAAUUAAAAAAUUUCACGAGGACCUGGUAUUCGGAGAGAAUUUCGUGAAAUUUACUUCCGAUCUCUUUGAAAAGGGUCAACUAUGCCCAGUACCUAGCGUCAGGGUUUUCAAAGGGUUCGGAACUUUUGGUGUUGGGUUAAAGAAUGGGUUAGCGGAGCUCGAGGAGCGUGACGCUAGCGCGGAGAAAUUUGUAGUACGUUUGUAA